ACUUGAUGUUUGUUUCCAGGGAGCGAGUGGAAAAAGAAAAGGCUCUCGCUCUGCAACGUGAACUGGAGAGAGCAGCCAGAGAGAAGGAGAUGAGGGAACUGGAAGAGAAGAGGAAGGCGCUUGAGGAAAAACGAAAACUGGAGGAGCAGCAAAGACUGGCUGCAAAAGAGAAAGCUCUUAAAGAGAGAGAAGCCGCAAAGCAGAAAGAGGCCACACAGACGUGUGCUGCCCUGAAUGUGACUGUGGACAUUGAGCGCUCCGUGUUGAGCACACCUGUAGGAAAAGGUGGUGGCCCCAAUGUGGUGGAUUGUGAGUCCUCACCACAGUCAUACGUCAUCACGCCAAAAGGCAGCAAUAAACCUUUGAUUACGUCCAAAAGUGCAGAGGAUUACGGGAUGGACCAAAACAGUGACGACUCCACCGACGAUGAGUCUGCACCGAGGAAACCUAUUCCGUCCUGGGCAGAAGGUCCCAAUCUGCAGCAGAUAAUUAUGAAGCAAUACUUCAACCCUCCUGAUUUAGACUCUUUCUUUGGAAUAAUUGAGUCACCAAGACUGGAAAACAUCUUUUACAAGAGCAAGCCUCGGUAUUUUAAACGCACCAGCUCUGCGGUGUGGCACUCACCUCCGGGUGGAAACAAGUAACGUCUGUACACUCAUACAGAUGUACACGCUGCUGUAUAAAGUUUAAUUUUUGAACAUUUUGUUUCAAAUAAAGUAACAUGUUUUCUCUGAAUGUUUUUAUUUGCAUUUUUAGUGUUGUUGAUUCUUUAAUAAGAAAUGACCAUAUCUUCAUAUCUCAGACUUUGAUUUUCAUGGAAUUGGUUUUAAGUUUUUGCUUUUUAUAGAGUUUUGACUUUUCACUGUAACAAAGCAGAACCACUAAUAUUGGUGAUGGGUUGGUCUCAUUCUGUCGUACCAGGACAGUAAGGCAGCAAGUACAACACCAGGAAUGUGGCUGUUUCUAGUAUUUAUGGGUGUAUUGCUUUGCCAUGUCAAUAUUAAAGGUCUGUUUUUUGUCUGA